GCGGAUGGGAUUAAACUGUAACGUUUAUGUUCAUAUUCUCGGACCCGCCGUUCAAACGGGAUGAAGUCCGGCCAAAAUAGUCACUGUUGCAUAUGAACAUUGACACGACGCACAGUUGAAGGAGUGCAAUGUCCCCGCCAACAGCUGAAUUCCUGGACAAGAUCAGCAUCCAGGCAGAAAUACAGGUGUGACCACAACAGACGGUGUACAGCGGUUCCACUGCAGGCCAGUGUGCGUGGUCAUCUGUGUGUGUGUUUAUGGUAGUGAGUGUUUAUGAGUGAGUGGCAUAGCAGCUGGGGGUUGUAACGUGAUGCCAAGAUGCUGCUGUCCCUGGGAAUGCUGAUGCUGUCGGCCACGCAGAUUUACACCAUCUUCACUGUUCAGCUCUUCGCCUUCCUCAACCUACUGCCCGUGGAGGCCGACAUUGCCGCUUACUCAUUUGACAACAAAACGGAGAACUUCGAUGACCUGCCUGCACGGUUUGGUUAUCGGCUACCCAGUGAUGGACUGAAGGGCUUCCUGAUUGGAGCACGACCAGAAAAUGCGUGCGAGCCCAUCGAGCCCCCUCCGAGGGACAACCUGACAGGCGCCUUCAUUGUCCUCAUCAAGCGUUUCGACUGCAACUUUGACAUCAAGGUCCUCAAUGCCCAGAAAGCCGGGUACAAGGCAGCCAUUGUUCACAAUGUGGACUCUGAUGACUUAAUCAGCAUGGGAUCCAAUGAUCUGGAUGUUAUGAAGCAGAUAGAUAUCCCCUCAGUGUUUGUGAGCGAGGAGACGGCCAACUCUCUGAGAGAAGACUUUGCAUAUGACAAGGGGGGACAUGUGGUCCUCAUGCCAGACUUCAGCCUGCCGCUGGAAUACUACCUGAUCCCCUUCCUCAUCAUCGUGGGAAUCUGCCUCAUCCUCAUCGUUGUUUUCAUGAUCACCAAGUUUGUCCAGGACCGACACAGGGCUCGGAGGAGCCGCCUGCGCAAAGAUCAGCUGAAGAAACUUCCCAUCCACAAGUUCAAGAAAGGGGACAGCUAUGAUGUGUGCGCCAUCUGCCUGGACGAAUAUGAGGAAGGCGACAAGCUCCGAGUCCUGCCAUGUUCUCAUGCCUAUCACAGUAAGUGUGUGGAUCCCUGGCUGACCAAAACUAAGAAGACGUGUCCCGUGUGCAAGCAGAAAGUGGUCCCCUCGCACGGCGACUCCGACUCCGAUUCAGAGGAGGGGGAGAGCCCUGACGAGAACGAGGAGGUGUCGGAGAGCACCCCUCUGCUGCGCUCUCUGGCCUCCACCAGCGCCCACUCCUUCGGCACCAUGUCGGGAGCUUCCCGCUCGGAGCAGGACCAGGAGUCCUCCGACUACGAGGACGACGAGCUGGACAGCAGCGACAGCGAGGAAGAGGUGACGGUGGAGACUGUGGUGGUGCAGAUGCAGCAGCCCUGCUCUGAAGGCCACGAGCAAGACCUGCCCCGAGCCUGACUGGUAGUUGGCCCGGCCCGAUCGGUCACUAAAACCCCCGCCCUCCCCCCCAACCUCACAGCUGCAGAGACUUUCGCUGGGGGGGGGUCACGAAACAGAUUCAUCUUUCAAGUUUUUCUGUCACUGCUUACAAGACAUUGUCAUGUAUCCUAUGUUUUAUUUUUAACAUGAUUACUGAUAAAGUGCUGAUUUCCGGCUGUGUGGGAGGAAGUCGGUGAGGGGCUGCUUGGCAGAUUUGACAAGACUGGUGAUGCUUAUGUACAGUAGACUUUUAUACUGUACUCUAUUUAAAAUAGAUGACACACAGAUGAGAGGAAAAGUCCCAGAUACUUAAGAUCACGCUUGUUCAGUAAAAGUACUCUGUAUAUAAAAAGUAUAAAUCACAAUAAGUUACAUCUUUACCUUUGAUUGUCUCCUAUAUGUUUCAGAUGACGGAAGUUUCAUUACUGUACAUACAUGUUCAUGCUACACUCCUUGAACCGCUAUGCAGCAUCCUUUUUGUAAAAAUUUAACUAACAUUAAGCAAGUGUAUAAACAUUCAAAGCCACAGCAAUAUGGUUUUGCCAAUUUAUUUCUAGCCUGAUGAAUGAAGAAGGAGCCUAGGUGCUUCCUGUCUGUUUUGUGCCACGGUUUAUCUGUUACAACGGUUCACACUAAGAGAAACUGAACCAGUUUGAGACACGCAAUCGAUUGUGCUCUCCAUGUGAUGUCACAUUAUGUCCAAAGUGUGGACUGUAUCCACGCUGCCUGUGGUAAACUUCUUUUGGCUGCUGCGGACCCAUCACUCCAUGUAACACAAGCAGUUAUUGGUUGAUGGGCCUUGUAAUACACAUUUAACUGACCUUAUCUCAUUUUAAUACAGUUUAUAGUAAAUACGCUUUUUUUCAUAACUUGGCUUGAUUUUUGUUUUUGUUUGAUUAUGAAACCUGUUGCCUUUUUCAGUUGAUGUAUUUUGUCUUGUUAGUGUUUUCCUGCUCAUGUAUGUCUGUUCAAUACAAAUUCACUUCAAUAAAAUUAAAGACACUUGACAAG